CUCCAGACCCGGAAGCUGGGGCGCACCGGCUCUUCCCGCUCCCCGCGCCGCGUGGCGCCCCCGCGCCUUGGCCGCCCAGUGGCAGCGUAGCCGCCCCUUCUCGCCAACGCCCGCCGUUCCUCGCCGCCGGCCGGGAGCCAUGUCCUUUGUGGAGAAGGUGGUGGGGGCGGCGUCACAGGGCGCCGUGGGCGCGGUCGUGGCGGCCAACCUGAGCGCAGUGACAGAGCCGGUGGUCAAUGCCAUGCUGGUGAAGCGCGUGCCUGUCUCGGAGGCCGUCAAGGAGGUGUCGGCGGAGCGCGUCUACAAGUACCUGCAGACCACGCUGGCUACGAACUUCAUCAAGUUCCCGUUUUUCGAGGUCACCAACAUGCUCGUGGGCGGCAUCAACCUCCCCCCCACGCUGAAAGGUGCUCUGACGGGCACCGUGUUCUGCACGACCACUCUGCCCAUCACCAACUACCGCUUCCGGAAGUCCAUGGACCUGCCGAUCACGGCGGGCAACCUGUACCAGGCGUACCUGCCCACGGUGCUCCGGGACAUCCUGUACGGCAUCGUGCGCAACAAGGUCG